UCGGCGGACCGGUGCGUUGUUUCGCUCGGAGCGGGAGUUUUUUUUCCCCUUUUCCUUGGGUGCGCUUGUGCCCUCUUGGCCACUCCUGGACGCGGAGGAAUUGGGGAGCCGAUCAUGGGGUCAUCAUCAUCACCAUCACCUUCGGCGUCCUCGGCAUCCUCAGCGCUGCACUUUACUUUCCUCUCCUCGGCGCCGGAUCGCGAGGGGAGCGCACUGAAAUAAAACUCUGUGGCUUUUGUCGUCGAUCUCCAACCCGGGAAACUUUUUUCUUCCCUCAAACUGUCAUUUAUCACAAAGCGCUUGGAAUGGAGACGCCAACUUUCCUGCUGGCGAGCCUCGCUCUGCUCCUCGUCGGAGGGGAUAUUUUCACCAGGGCCAUGCUGAGUGACAUUGGGGACUAUGUAGGUACAGACAUUGAAAUAUCCUGGUUACCUAAUCUGGAUGAUUUAAUGAAGGGCUAUGCCAGAAAUUUUCGCCCUGGGAUAGGAGGUCCACCAGUGAACGUGGCCAUGGCUAUUGAGGUGGCCAGCAUUGACCACAUCUCUGAAGCCAACAUGGAAUACACCAUGACCGUGUUCCUGCGGCAGAGCUGGCAUGAUGACCGCCUGUCCUACAAUCACACCAACAAGACGCUGGGGUUGGACAGUCGCUUCGUGGACAAGCUGUGGCUUCCAGACACCUUCAUUGUAAAUGCCAAAUCUGCUUGGUUCCAUGACGUGACCGUUGAGAACAAGCUGAUCCGCUUGCAGCCCAACGGAGUCAUUCUAUACAGCAGCCGAAUCACUUCGACAGUGGCGUGUGACAUGGACCUUACCAAGUAUCCCAUGGAUGAACAGGAGUGUAUGCUGGACCUGGAAAGUUACGGUUACUCCUCAGAGGACAUUGUGUAUCACUGGUCGGAGAGUCAGACACACAUCCAUGGCCUGGACAAACUGGAGCUCUCCCAGUUCACCAUCACAGACUAUCGGUUUGUCACUGAGAUGAUGAACUUCAAAUCUGCGGGACGAUUUCCAAGGCUUAGUCUUCGCUUCCAGCUGAGACGUAAUCGGGGCGUCUACAUCAUCCAGUCAUACAUGCCUUCGAUAUUACUAGUUGCUAUGUCUUGGGUGUCCUUUUGGAUCAGCCAAUCAGCAGUCCCUGCACGUGUAUCCUUAGGGAUCACAACUGUUCUCACCAUGACCACGCUGAUGGUGAGCGCCCGCUCCUCCCUGCCACGAGCAUCAGCCAUCAAGGCGUUAGACGUCUACUUCUGGAUCUGUUAUGUGUUUGUGUUUGCAGCCCUUAUCGAGUAUGCCUUCGCUCACUACAACGCUGACUACAGACUCAAAGAGAAGGCCAAGGUGAAGGCCAGCAAGCUCAGCUCUGAGUCCAUUGUAAAGAACGGCAAACAGGCUAUGGUUCUGUUUUCUCUGUCGGUAACUGGCAUGAACCAGGGGGUGAUGAUUUCCAGCCGUCAUGGCCGGACUCAGCGCUCCAGCAGUGAAAUCCCCGGGGAGGGCGGCACCGAGGAGGCUGAGCCGAGGAGGAGAAGGUCUAGGCAGACGGAGGAGAGCGAGGAGGAGAAGAAGUGCUGUUCCAAAUGCGUCUGCAAGCCCAUCGAUGCUGACACCAUCGACAUCUAUGCCAGGGCCGUGUUCCCUUUCACUUUCGCCGUAGUGAACGUGAUCUACUGGGUGGCGUACACCAUGUGAGGAGUAGGUAGCAGGUCUGUGCGAAUGGCUGCCAUCCAGAGCUGUAUAUAAGAAACUGCUGGAGCUGUGCCACUUCAAUGCUGGGAGACUGGUGCAGCUGAAAUAUACUGCAGGCCUCAGUGAAAAAAAAAAAAAAAACUUCAGAAGAAAUGAAGUGUUAUGACCUAUGAAUACGGAAAUAUGGUAAUUAAUGGAAGUAGGUAUAAGUUUAAAAAGUGUUAACAGGACUCAACAUCUUUAAUACAAAUACAGAGAGGUAACAAAGGACUGUUACCUGUUGGAGAUUCACAUACUCAGUGAAUACAGUUUAACUGAUAAUCCAGAUUUCCAUGUCAUCCUGUUAUAUGAUCUUACUCAACACAGGACACUACAACGAAUCAUCCUGCUCGGUCACAUGCAAUACUGACCACAAGCUCACAUCUUUCAAAACACAAGUAAGCAUAGUUAGCUUAACUAACUCGAGGUCACAAUCUGUUAACUCGACAGGCAACUGGGCCGCCCAUACACGAGGAUAACAAGAUGAGGUGUACUACUAUUCUGCAUGGCUGAUAACUCACUCAAUCCUCUUCCCCAGUCAUCGCCACCCCCUACCUUCCCUCUUUCUCCUUCGGUCCUCCACCCAUUUUUUUUUUCAAUUCACAUUUUGUUUAGGACACCGUCUGGAGUGGCUUAUCUCCUUCUGCCAGU